CGGGACGGAGGAAGGUACAGUUAGACGUAACUGCCGAUAUUGAUUUAUCUGAAGUUUACCCACCACGUCUGUUUGUUCCCCCUGGCUUCUCACGCCCUCUGUUUGGAUAUUCCCUUGCUACUGACGGAAAGGACUGGCUUUCCAAAUGGUGUCUCUAAUAUGCACUCUGCAAGACCAUCGAGACGAUGUCAACUGGUGUGCAUUCUCCGCAACACUGUUAGCCACUUGCUCUGGGGACAAAACUAUCCGAAUCUACAAUACCCGUGAUUUCUCAGAGUUGCCCUACUCACCACUAUCAGGGCAUGGAUAUGGGGUCCAUUGCUGUUGCUUCAGUGCUUGCGGACAGUUCCUCGCCUCAUGUUCGACAGAUGCAACUACAGUUGUCUGGUCAAUGACAACAGGUGAAAUCGAGGCAGUCCUAGAGCAUCCUGGUCGUAGCCCCGUCAGGGUUUGUGCAUUCUCCCCUGACUCUACCCACCUGGUUUCUGGUGCAUCUGAUGGUACUUUGGCUCUGUGGGAUUUCCCCUCUAAACAGUUAUUCAGGACUGGGUCAGUGAAUGACACAACUAUGGUAGCGUGCUCUUUCAGCCCCUGUGGCCAGUUGUUCAUGACUGGGUCCACCUAUGGUGACCUCCGUCUGUGGGACCUGGGCAUGAAACAGCUGCAUGCAGAGAAAAAUGCCCACGACCUGGGGGUUACUUGCUGUGCAUUUGCUCCCAACAUCCACAGUGGUGGUCAGGUGGUGCAAUUCCGUCUGGCAUCCUGUGGGCAAGAUAGUCAUCUGAAGAUCUGGGCUGUCAACAAAUUCAGCACUAAAGGGUUUAAAAUGCAGCUUUUACACACACUAAUUGGCCAAUCAGCUCCUGUCCUCUCCUGCGCCUUCUCUGCAGAUGGUCAGCUGCUUGUGUCUGGCUCUGUGGAUAAAACCGUUGCAAUCUACGAUGCUAAUAGUGCAGCUUUGCUUUACACACUGACCCAGCAUGAAAGGUAUGUGACGGCAUGUGCCUUCUCUCCCACUUCGCCACUGAUUGCUACAGGAUCUAUGGACAAGAAUGUCAACAUCUGGAGGUUGGAGGAUGGAUGCAGUGGCCAAGCGGGGAAAGUAUACGCGGAGCAUCAGUCAUUCAUCUCAGCUGAAGGUCGAACCGUAGCGGGCCAGUCCAAGUUGUUGGUCAGCGAUUGGUCAGAAGAAGACGUGUCCGCCUGGUUGGUGGAGGAAGGUCUUGAGACAUUGGUGGAAAAAUUCAGGGCAAACAACAUAGAUGGAAUGGAACUGCUCAAUCUGACGAAAGACACCUUAGCGUCAGAGCUCAACAUAGAGUCACUAGGUCUGCGCAGCAAGUUCCUGAGAAAGGUGGAGGAGCUGAAGGGUGCGUCUUUUUGUACAAACAUUCCUGACGAGUUCCUGUGUCCCAUCACCAGAGAGCUGAUGAAGGAUCCAGUCAUUGCUGCUGAUGGCUACUCAUAUGAGAGAGGGGCUAUUGAGAGCUGGAUCAACACCAAGAAUCGCUCAAGCCCCAUGACCAACCUGCCCCUUAUGACCACCUUGCUGACUCCUAACCACACCUUAAAGAUGGCUAUGGGCCGCUGGAAGACCAGCCAGUAGCAUUAUGAAAUUAUCUUCCCUGUCGUCUAUCUAAAAGUUAACAAAAAUACCACACAGCACUCACAGGAAUGCCUUGGCAAUUGAUUUUUUUUUUUUUUUACCUUUUCAAGGCAUGUGCACAUCAUGGGGACAUUUCUUUUCUGGCAUUAAGUUAAUUGGGGGAAAAAAUUGCUUGUUAGCAUUAUCCCUCACCAAAAAUAAUUGCUACCACCAGCUGCAAUCUUAAGUUGGCAUGAUGAUAGUAUGAGCUGUUAUUUUCAAGUCACAGCCGACAGUCUUUCCUCAUCGGAGUGGCACUUGUUCAGCUGACUGUGGUUUUUCGUCAGACAUGUCGUACAACUUCAGCAGCUCAAACCCCAUGGAAAAUGAGGCUGUUCAGACAGAGGAAAUUCUUCGACGACUGAAAUCGACGUACAGUCUAGCUUCCAGAAGACUUGCUUGUGACAGGUAUUGACAGAAAAUUUUUGAAAACUGUUUCACAAAUGGUUGUGCUCCCAUUUACAUAUGAUUUUUUAAUUUCAUUUCUUUAAUGUCGGUUCAGAUAUUCGAUGUUAGGUGGUACUGUGCAAUGUCUGGAUUGCAUGACUGGUGUGUGCACACUAACAUUCAGCAUUGCAUGGGAGGUGGAUAUAAAAAUAUGAGCCGGUAUGUGUAGAUGAUGGUAAAUGUCUAGCUAUAAAGUACAAUUGAAAGGAUUAGUCCUCCAUAUAUAUUUUAUUAUACCGGUCUGUCAUCCUGUUACGACUCUGUAAUGGCAUAUGACAGCUUUGGAUAUAUAGAUUUAACAAGUCUCCUAAAGUACUUAUAUUCAACAGCUGGAACUCAAGUCCAGAUAAAUCAAUAAUCACUUCAUUUAUGUCAUAAAUAUCAAUAUUCAAUCAUGUCAUUAUUUAAGCCAAUAAACAUUUCAUAUGCUCUCUGCUAUUCCAAAAUAAAUAAGACAUAAUGUUUAGAUCAAAGCAAUCAUUUGAAUAAAUAGAUUACAAGAAAAUUCUGAUAAUGUGUCUACAGUGCCUUUUUAUCAAAUGUACCAAGAAAAAGAAUCUCCAGUACACAAGGUAAUUUCCUUUGAAAGCUGCAAUACU